UCCGUAGCCGUAGUAGCCAUUUAUUAUGCGAGCUCGUGUCUCCAGCGUUGUCCGUUUUUGGUAUCGGAACGUGUGUCAAGACUUAGUUUGAAGUAAUAGUGUUUCAAAUAAACUAUUAAAAAUGUCAGAGGUUUCUAUGUCAGAGGCGCCGCACUUGCAGCAAAUUGAUCUGACAACAUUAAAUCUCCAACAACUCACGUCGUUAAAGCAACAAUUGGAUCUAGACCUCGGUAUCUUUCAAGAUUCUUUGCAAACCUUAAAAAUAGCACAAACUAAAUUCCAAGAAUCUGGAUCAUGUCUGGAGAAAAUUACUCCAGCUAUGGAGGGUAAUGAAGUUCUUGUACCAUUAACUGGGUCAAUGUAUGUGGUAGGCAAGCUUGCAGACACAAGUAAUGUUUUAUUUGACAUUGGAACUGGUUACUAUAUACAGAAGAAUGUAUCAGAUGCAAAGGAGUACUUUGAAAGAAGAGUGAGUUACAUCACUACGCAACUAGAAAACAUUCAGCAGCUGGGACUUGAGAAGAGUAAAAUCAGAGAUGCAGUAGUGGAUACGAUAGAAAUGAAACUUCAAAACUAAAUACAAAAAGAGGGAUCAGAACAUACGUAAAAUACUAACAGACAGAUGAAAGAAAAGUCAUGAAACAUACCAACGUAAGAAGAUUCUCGAGUUCCUAAUACAGAUGCCAAACGUGGACGUUCCUCGGUCAAGAGAACAUCAGCUUGUUUAUUGUAUAAAUGAAAAACAUUAGCAUGACAAACAAUAUGCAAUCUCCCGUUACUGAAACUGUCCGGAAUUAUUUCAAAAUCCAGUCCUGCCAUAGUUAUUAAUUGCUGAUUGUCAUCGAUCUUGUUCAUCAUGGAACUGGAAUUCACCUGAAAAAUACGAAACAUUUGUCAAAAUCUGUGGUACUGUAAUUUUAUACUUCAUGAAACUAAUAAUAUUUUCUGUAAAUUAAAAAUUGUAACAUUGGAA